AGGGUGAGCCAGGAAGAGGCCAGUGGGGCAGGUGAGAGGACUCUGGGCAGGGGUCUCUGGGAACUGUGCCUAAGCACAGGACUAGGGCUAACCCAUAUUCUAGGACUGGGGAGACCCUAUUCUGCACAGGGCUAGAGAAUGCAACUAAUGAUCAACGCUGGAACUAGGGGCAGAGACAGGGCUCAGGGCUGGCUGGGUUGGAUUACCACUGCUGGAUCCUGCAAGUGGGUCGAAUAGGCUGGAUUAGAGGUGCUCCAUCCAGGAGGCCAAGAGUCUCCUUCGCCUGGCCUCCCAACACCCACCCUGCCAACUACCCUUCCCAACCCUUCCCAGUACCUAUUUUCCUCCUGCUCCAUGCUCACCACCACCACUGCACUUCCCUGUCAGCCCCUAGCCAGGGAUCGGAGGUGGGGUGGGGAGAGCUGGGAUCUCAACCCACUGGCUGCUAAAAGGGGAGCAGCUACCAAGCCUACCUGAGGAGGAGUGGGUCUCCUGAGAUCAAGUCUCAAACCAGGACCCUCAGCCCUGCCUGGGAGCCCAGAGGUUGACAGGAUGGUGGAAUAUGGGAGGCAGACAGGGAGAGGUAUGAGCAGGGGUACAGAGUGGACCAGAUACUCUUUCGGUCCCAGUCUCUGUUCCGUUUCUUGAGCAUUAUCUAUGUCUCCUUCCACGUCUCAAUCUCCGAGUCCCCAAGCACAGGACCCAGGUGUACCUCCAGGCCAGGUGUGAGAACACAGCAGAGUGAGUACUGACCACGUGACCAGAAAGUUUCCUCACAUCCCUGGCCUCUGGACCCCAUUUGAAGGCACUAGCUCAUCCUGCCCAUCAGGAACCAACAGUGGAACCUAGGCUGGCUGCCCCAGCGGGCCUCCAGGACCCAGGCAGCAGCUCACAUUGCAACCUCAUGAAUAACUCAGUACCUCCCUGCUGCCUACAGCUAUGAGGAGCCUUGUCCCCUGGACCACCACUCCUCCUCCACCCCUCCCACCUCAACACUUUAAACUUUAAUUGGCCAAUGCUCAGUGGCAACUGAGCAGACUCUAGAGAGCAGAGACAGGAUGUUCUGGGCAGGGGGAGCUUGGUCUGAGCUCUCCUGGGAGGAGGCUGACAGGGGAGCACCCUGUGGGGAAGGCCCAGCUCCCCAGAACUCUGGGAGCCAAGGUAGAAAUGUGGCCAGGCAGGAACCCCAAGAGUGACCUGCACCUUGAGAGGUCUUUAGGGGAGGAAGAGUAGGCUGAGGGUGAUCUGGUCAAGGUGGGGCUGGUGGGCCCCUAGAGAGCUGUGGGAUAGGGUUACAGAUAAACCCAAGGGUUACCAGCCCAGACAGAAUCUUACUGCCCAGAAACUCCCACCCUGAAGGUGAAGCUCCAACAAAGGGACAUCCAAGAGGACAGACCUCUAGGACUUGUCUGGGGACAGGACCCACUGGCUGGAGGUGGUGCCCUGGGCAAGCUUGCAUGGACAUCCCCAUCAGCAGCAGAGACUUCCGCUGCCUGCAGCUGGCCUGUGUGGCCCUCGGCCUGGUGGCCGGCAGCAUCAUCAUCGGUGUCUCUGUGUCCAAAGCUGCAGCUGCCAUGGGUGGUGUCUUCAUUGGCGCGGCUGGUCUGGGGCUCCUCCUCUUCUCCUACCCCUUCCUGAAGGCUCGGUUCAACCUGGACCACAUCCUGCCUGCAAUAGGGAGCCUGAGAAUCCACCCCCAUCCAAGGCCAGACCAUAGGGAGGGAGGAUCCAGCGCCAAUGGCAAUAAGGAGGGAACCCGCAGCAGCCUAUCCACCGUAAGCAGGGCCCUGGAGAAGCUGAAGCCAGGGGGCCAGGGCACUGAGGAGGGCUGAAGAGGGCUGAGGGGCUGGGUCCUUGCCCCCUGCCCUCCUACCCUGCCUGCCAUCCCACUUCAGAGCCCUCCAGUUAGAAGAUCCAAACCAGAAGUGAACCAAGUCCUGGAGAAGCCAGAUGAAGCCAAGACUCUUCUGAAUGGACUCUGUGUGGCAAGGGGCAGAGCCUGACAUGGGUGUCCCAGGAGGCCCCACAGGGCUCCCUUGUUUCAGGCUCUUCACCUAGUUUUUGUCUCUGGACUGCAGCCCAGCUUCCUUCCCUUUUUGAUCUACUGAAUGGUUUCUUUGGAAUUUGGGGCCAUGGGCCCUGUCGACAACCAGGAAUGCCCAAGUCCCUUGCUUCAUCUUGGCCACAGAAGUGGACCACAGACCCACAAAGACCACAGAUAGGGGCCCUAGCUGAGCCCCUCAGUACCCCCUGGCCCUGGGUCUCUAGAACUCACCAGAUAGAGGGCUGGACCAGAUUCCACAAUAUCAAAAACUCCCUGGCAAUUCCUCGGGGACAGACAGCAGCAUUGAACAUGAUGGGGCAUGUCCUUGAGGGGCUCCUGGUCCCAGAGGAGAGAGACUCACAGAGGGGCAGUCACAAACAAAAUGACCACUGCUGUGACGGGGGCAGACAGCACAGGAGCCCAGAUGAGGCACCUGACUGGCCUGGGGUCAAGGAGUCUUCCAGAAGGUGGUGACUCCUGAGCUGAGCCCUGCCCUGAGGCUCUUGAUGUUUAACUCCACCAUGUGAGGCUUUUUGUGAUCCGGCUCCGCAAGACCUCCAGCCCUCCCUCUUCUCCCCUAUCCUCUCCCUGCUCCCUGAACAAUCUAAACAUGUUCCACCCUCCAAGCCUUUGCUGUGUUUUCCUGGAGGGCCUACCUCACUCCUUUCUAUCAAAAUUCCCCAUUUUUAAAGGUCCAGUUCCAAAAAUCCCCUUAACUGCAGUGCUUUCCUUGUCGGCUUUGGCAGCCUGUGUCACCUGUUCUCCUGACACCCUCUAGGCAUAGAGGUAUGGAGACUAUUUUUCACAAAACAGUUAUUAAGCACCUACUGCCUGUUGGCUCUUUUCCAGUCCCUAGCACAGGGCACAGCACUGGUAGGUGCUCAAUAAAUAUUAGUGGCAUAAAUUGCAUGGAAAAACAAUUCCCUAAGCUUUCCCUGGAGAGCCACUUCAAGGUCUCGUCGGGGUUUGGGGCAGAGGAGGACCUGGCCCAGGUGUGUGUGGGUGCGCAGUAAACGUUCCUCUCCCCACCCUGCUCCUCAUACACCUGCAUCUCAAGGUGGAGCAGAGCUGGUUGACCUCUACAGAGAGAACUGCUCCAUGUGGCCUCUGCCCUGGUUUGGUAAGCAGAAGACAAGCUAGGAAUAGUCUCAUUCUUCAUGAUCAGUGUAGAUGGCACCUCCUCUUGGACACCUCCCCUGACUUUGCUGCUCCCACAGCCUCAGGACUUCCCUCUGUCACAGCACAAAUCACUCUGAGUGGCUGUCAUCUAUUUCCCCUUUCAAAUGUGGGGACACAGGGCUGGGCCCUCAGAAGGCACUCAGUGAAUGCUGGAAAACCAGACCAAGAGUGGAAGAGAUCAUCUCACUGUUCAGAUGGAAAAGCAGAGUCCCUGCUGGUAAAAGGACUCAUGCAAGUCCCACAGUGAAAGGCCAUGUUCCAGGGACGUGCUCUCUCACUUCUGAGCACCUCCAGAACCCUCUGAUAUUUCAGCACAGGAGGGUGAUUCAAGCAGGGACAGUUCCUUGGACCCAGCUCUUCCAGUGGCAUAUUCCAUGAAUAAAAUCAGUUAACUGCCCUGCUGUGACACCUGCAUUGUGGCUGCGCCUGGCCCUGGGCUGGAUACUGAGAACCCAGCAGUGACACAAACGUGGAAAGGGUUCUAGGCAGCCUCCUUAAAGUCACAUCCCUGCUGGACUAGCCUGGAGGAGGACUGAAGAAGAGUCUGGAACUGAAGACUCACAUCCUGAUUCUGCCCCCACAGGGGCUGGGGCAAGAAGCUGUGGGGUCUUGAGCCUCAGUUUCCUCAUCUGCAAACUGGGGAUGAUUGUAGCACCUCCCUCACAGGGCCACUGUCAGGAUAAAGUGCCUGGCACAUAGAUCAGAGGGUUCAUGAAUGAAUGAGUAAAUGAAUGGAGAGAUUGGAGAUAUUCUUUCAACUGAACUCCUCCAGGGUCUGCAGAGUCACCACUUUGGAAUCCCACCCCAGUCCUCUCUAACAUAGUCCAACCUUCUGCCUACCACUCCUUCCCCAUCCCUCACCCCAACACACUUUUAAAAUCCCACCAUGAGAUAGAGCCAAUUCCCUAUAAAGGGCUUCCAGCCACAUCCUUUCUAGGGUGUAGGACUGAUGAAGGUUGAGGACUGAGUGCUGAAAACAAACCCCAUCC